CUAAGGAUUCCGGAAGGAACAGUCGUGUGGUCAAAAACAGACUACAACUCCCGAGAUCCUCUGGUUUCCGUUUUGUAAACACCGCGGCGCACGCUUGAUGAUAUAACUAAGCUGAUAUAACCUUACUCGCACACAUCAACUCAGCUCAGGGUACACCAUGCCAGAGGGUCCGGAGCUGCACCUGGCCAGCCUGUUUGUGAACAGGGUGUGUAACGGCGUUGUGUUUUCCGGUGCCGUGGAGAAAUCCGAGGUCAGCAAAAGCCCCGACGUGCCCUUCACCUGCGAUGCGUACCGGGUCAGCGCUAAAUCUAGGGGCAAGGAGGUGCGCCUUACCCUCACGCCCAUCAAGACCGACAGCGACGACAAGCCGCCCAAAAGGGCCAAGGCAGAGCAAAACCAGGAGCCCAUGGACGUCGUGAUCCGCUUCGGGAUGUCUGGAUUCUUCCGCUUCACUCCCGAGAACGAGCUCCCAAAGCAUGCCCAUCUCCGGUUCUACACGCGUGAGAAACCUUGCCAGGUGCUGAGCUUUGUAGAUGCCCGCAGAUUUGGAGGCUGGCAAGCGAAUGCCACCUGGCAACCCGACCGGGGUCCAUGCAUCAUGUUUGAGUAUGAGAGCUUCAGGGAAAACGUUUUGUCCAACCUUAAGGACAAGGCCUUCGACAGACCCAUUUGUGAAGUGAUGCUGAACCAGAAGUACUUCAGUGGAAUCGGCAACUAUCUCCGAGCAGAGAUACUGUACAGACUGAACAUCCCACCAUUCGCAAAGGCCAGGACUGUUCUGGAAGGUCUCCGGUCGCAGAGUGAGGAAGAUGAAAAGACGGCAGUCAAGGAGGAGUUAGAAGUCAAGUCGGGGAAGAAGAGUGUGAGAGACAGUGCUCCUGACCUUCUCAGUCUGUGUCACACUGUUCCUCUGGAAGUUGUGAAAAUGGGAGGUAAAGGCUAUGAUCCAGAGAAGUCCGAUUAUUCGGCAUUUAAAGCCUGGCUGCAGUGUUACUAUGUAGAUGGCAUGAAGUCCAUAAGAGACCAUAAUGGCAGAACCAUGUGGUUCACGGGAGAUCCUGGCCCCAUGGCGCCAAAAGUUACAAAAUCCCCUAAAGCCAAGAAGCGGUUGAAGAAAGAGGACCACGACUACACAGACACAAAAAAGGGAGCCAAAAGGAAACGUACUGAGACCAGCACAAAAGAGAGUAAAGUGGCAAAGCCAGCGAACAGCACAAAGACACCCACGGCACAGAAAAGGCCUUCUCGGAGACAGAGCGUUUCGAAGGGGCCUAAAAGUACGCAGGAGGAACAAGUCAUUCACUCCAAAGAAAAUGGCAAACCGAAAGGGCGCAGAAAGAGCAGCACAAGCGUGGCUCAGAGCCAGACUGGUAAAGCCAAGCGGACGAAAGGCUCCCAGAGGACUCCAAAGGAUCCGAGCACUCCCCAGCUCAACAACACAGGAAAGAGGAGGAGGAUGAGCAGCUCGGCUACUGAACCACAGAGAAGAAGCAGUAGAACAAGCAGGGGAGUGUGAGACAAAGCACCUACUGUAACAACAAAGGGGACCAGAUCAACUCCACUACACACAUUCCCCACACCGCCGUCUUUUUAUUGUGUUUUUAAACUGGGAAACGGGUCUAGCUACUGGAAAAGAAAAUAAUAAUUUCACCUCUGUCUUUUUUAACGGCAUGUUUUUCAUUUUAUUUUUGCUACUGUAAAAGAAAAAUAAAUUUGUACUAAACACUGAA